CAGCUCAGAGUUAGUUGGCUUUGCAAGCUUUGCAGACGCUUCUUCACCUUUGGCUCCUUCACUUUCUAUGGGGAGGACCCUGUUUGGACGCCCCUUGGGGCUGUCCCCAUGGAUGCCCUUCCUCCUCAUCCAGGGUUUCUUAUGUGUUUUGGGGACCACCGAGGAAGCCCCGUGCCAGCCAGGCUUCCUUUCAGAGAACUACGUCUUCCACGUCCCGAGGGUGGACUUGGAACGGAACCGGGUCUUGGGCCGAGUGACCUUUGAGGACUGCACUGACCGGACGCAGCUCCCAUUGUUCUCGGAUGACACGCGCUUUAGGCUUCGGCUGGACGGCACCCUGGCGGUCAAGCGCCACUUUAGCCUCCGGGGCCACCAGCACAGCUUCUCUGUUCAUGGAUGGGACACGGCUGGGAAGAAGCACUCUGCACAAGUGACCCUGAGGCUUCGGCACAGGCAUCACCACCAGGAGCAGCAGCCUCGGCAGCACCCGGAGCCCUACUCGCUUGGCCAUGGGGAGGUCCUGACAUUCCCGCAAUCGGGCCCCGGCCUCAGGCGGCAGAAGAGAGACUGGGUCAUCCCCCCCAUCUAUUGCUCCGAAAACGAGAAGGGACAGUUCCCAAAGCCGCUGGUGCAGAUCAAAUCCAACAAGGACAAGGACACGAAGGUCUUCUACAGCAUCACCGGCCAAGGGGCCGACAGCCCCCCCGUGGGGGUCUUCUCCAUCAUUCGGGACGACGGCUGGCUGAUGGUCAACCACCCGCUGGACAGAGAGCAUAUCGACAAAUAUGUGCUUUUAUCGCAUGCCGUGUCGGCGAACGGUCAGUCAGUGGAGGACCCCAUGGAGAUCAUCAUCAAGGUGGGCGACCAGAAUGACAACCGGCCUGAGUUCACUGAGCCCGUCUUCCAAGGGUCCGUGCCGGAAGGGGCCACGCCAGGUACGGCCGUGAUGACCGUGACGGCCACCGACAAGGAUGACAGCGUGGACACCUACAACGGGGUCAUCACUUACGCCAUCAUUGACCAGAACCCAAAGGAGCCCUACAGCCAAAUGUUCACCAUCAACAACCAGACCGGCCUCAUCAGCGUCAUCACCACCGGGCUGGACAGAGAGAAAUUCCCUCAAUACAAGCUGACCAUCCAAGCCACGGACAUGUUGGGCCAAGGCUAUAGCACAACGGGGACGGCCAUCAUCACCGUCACUGACAAGAAUGACAACCAGCCCAUAUUUGACCCCACAACGUACGUGGCCAGUGUGCCGGAAAACGUGGCUGGCUACUCUGUGGCUCAGCUGACAGUCAAAGACGCGGACCAAGAAAACACUCCAGCCUGGAAAACCAAGUACACCAUCGUUGCAGGCAACACGGCAGAAAACUUUGCCAUUUCCACGGCUCAAGAUGGAAAUGCCGGUCUCUUGACCACUGUCAAGGGCUUGGACUUUGAGUUGCAGCAGCAGUACGUCCUGACAGUGACAGUGGUCAAUGUGGAGCCCUUCUCUGUGACCCUCGAUACCUCCACGGCCACCGUCACGGUCAACGUGCAGGACGUCAACGAGGCCCCCGCCUUCUCUCCCCCCGUGAUGGCCGUGACGCAGCAGGAAGACCUUCCCGUGGGGCAUGUUGUAGCCACCGUCUCAGCCAAGGACCCCGACACCUUCCUGCAGCAGACCCUCAGGUAUUCCAUUGGGAGCGACCCAGCUGGCUGGUUGAGAAUCAAUGCCGAGAAUGGCAUCAUCGAGUCCCGGUCGGAGUUGGACAGGGAGUCCCCCUUUGUGCAGAACAGCACCUACGUGGCCCUGAUCCUGGCCAGUGACAGCGGUUCUCCUCCGGCCACCGGCACUGGGACUCUCCUGCUCUACCUCCAGGACAUCAAUGAUAACGGCCCCGAGCCGGAUCCGCGCGCCAUCGCCGUCUGCAACCAGAGCCCGGAACCCCAGGUGCUGGGCAUCGUGGACAAGGACCUACCGCCCAACACCGGACCCUUCUCGGCCGUGCUGGAGCUGGGCUCCAGUGCCAACUGGACUGCCCAGGUCAACAACGACCGCCUGACCCUUCAACUGACCAAGGUGCUGGACCCUGAUGACUACAACGUGGCCGUGAAGCUGACCGAUGGCCAGGGCCUCUCCCACCUGACGAUAGUCAAGGCCCAGGUGUGCGAUUGCGAGGGGGCCGCCCAGAACUGCGGGUCGAGGAGAGCCGCAUAUGCUGGAAUGGGCGUUCCUGCCAUUCUGGGCAUUCUAGGCGCCAUCCUGGGCUUCCUAAUCCUGCUCCUGCUGCUCCUGCUCUUUGUGAGGAGGAGGAAGGUGGUGAAGGAGCCGCUGCUUCCUCCGGAGGAUGACACCCGGGACAAUGUCUACUAUUACGAUGAAGAGGGCGGUGGAGAGGAGGACCAGGACUAUGACCUGAGCCAGUUGCAUCGAGGGCUGGACGCCCGUCCCGAGGUUACCCGCAAUGAUGUGGCCCCCACCCUCAUGCCGGCCCCACAGUACCGCCCCCGCCCCGCCAACCCCGACGAGAUCGGCAACUUCAUUGACGAGAACCUGAAGGCAGCUGACACGGACCCCACGGCACCCCCCUACGACUCCUUGCUGGUCUUUGACUAUGAGGGCAAUGGGUCAGAAGCCGCUUCCCUCAGCUCCCUCAACUCCUCCAACGGAGACCGGGACCAGGACUACGACUACCUCAACGACUGGGGCAACCGGUUCCGGAAGCUGGCCGACAUGUACGGCGGAGGCGAGGAGGAGGAAGACAACUAGGACCACCCUUUCUUUCCCAGAAGCUACACAGCUCUGGUCAUAAAUGGACAGAAAGCAACACACCAAAGAUGCCUUUUCCCAAACGCUGGCCCUCUUGGAUUCCAAUCAAUGAAUGACUGUAAAUAAUUGUCUCCAUUUUCAUAUACUUCAUUGUUAUUAAAUAAAAUGCUGCUGAAAUGCAUGCAAUUAAAAUGAAUAAAUAAAUAAAUAAAUAAGACAGACAAUAGAGUAAAACAAAUUAAUAAUUACUAAAAAAACAACCCCUAAUUCUCCUUCCUAUACACACACACACAUGUUUAAAAAUACAACUGACUGUUGAAGCUUUUCACUUAAAAUAAAUAAUUGCAAACUGGACAAUCUUUGCAUUUCACAAAGACAUCCAAGCAUUGUUUGGGCCUCUGUUCAAGGAAAUUGGAUUUAAUGUGUUGUCGAAGGCUUUCAUGGCCGGAAUCACUGGGUUGUUGUUAGUUUUCCGGGCCGUAUAGCCAUGUUCCAGAAGCAUUCUCUCCUGACGUUUCACCCACAUCUAUGGCAGGCAUCCUCAGAGGUUGUGGGAUCUGUUGGCAACUAGGCAAGUGAGGUUUAUAUAUCUGUGGAAUGUCCAGGGUGGGAGAAAGAACUCUGGUCUGUUUGAGGCAGAUAGUAGUACUAAAUUUUAUUGAUUAACCCUUAGGCCAUAUCACAAUACCGAACCGAACAAAAAGGCUUGAUAAAACUUGAGUAAGUUAAGUAACACUUACAACAAUAUAGCAAUACAGUAAAUAAAUAUGAUAAAACUGAAUAUAUACAUCGGGAUAUAUUGAGGCAGGUGUGAAUAUUGUAAUUGGUCACCUUGAUUAGCAUUGAAUGGCCUUGCAGCUUCAAAGCAUGGCUGGUUGCUGCCUGGGGAAUCCUUUGUUGGGAGGUGUUCGCUGGCCCUGAUUUAUUCUUGUCUGGAAUUCCAUAUUUUCAGAGUAUUGUUGUUUAUUUACUGUCCUGAUUUUAGAGUUUUUUAAUACUGAUAGCCAGAUUUUGCUCAUUUUCAUGGUUUCCUCCUUUCUGUUGAAAUUGUCCACAUGCUGGUAGAUCUCAAUGGCUUCUCUGUGUCGUCUGACAUGAUGGUUAUCAGAGUAGUCCAGCAUUUUUGUGUUCUCAAACAAUAUGCUGUGUCCAGGUUAGUUCGUGAAGGGCUCUGCUAUGGAUGACUUCUCUAGUUGAAUUAGUCUGAAGUGCCUUUCACGUUCCUUGAUUCGUGUUUGGGCAAUGCUGCUGCGUUUGAUGGUCCCUAUGGAGACUUAUCCACAGCUGCGUGGGAUACGGUAGACUCCCGCAGAAGUGAGAAGAUCCCUCUUGUCCUUUCCUGAAUGUAGCAUUCAGGGCCAGCUAACACCUCCCAACAAAGGAUGGGGCCUUGCAGCUUCAAAGUGUGGCUGAUUGCUGCCUGGGGGAAUUUUUGUUCGGAGUUGUUAGCUGGCCCUGAUUUAUUCAUGCCUGGAGUUCCCCUAAGAAUCAGUCAGGGCCAGCUAACACCUCCAAACAAAGGAUUUACUGUACUGUAGUUACUUUAUUUACUGUAAAGAACAACACUCAAAACCAGGGGAAUUCCGGUCAAAAAACAAUCAGGGCCAACUAAUCACCUUCCAACAAAGGACUCCCCCAGGCACUAAGAGGCCAUACCUUGAAACUACCAGGCCAUUAAAUGCUAAUCAAGGUAGCCAAUUGCUAUAUUCACACCUAAUAAUAAUGAUAAUUAUUAUUAUUAUUAUUAACUUUAUUUAUACCCUGCCACCAUCUCCCCAAAGGGGACUUGAAGCGACUUACAUGGGGCCAAGCCCGAACAAGAAUUACAAUAUAACAAUAGAAAUACCUAUCAAUAUAACAAUACCUAUCUCAAACAGACAAGAGUUCUUUGUCCCACCCUGGAGACCCCACAGAUAUAUAAACCUCACUUGCCUAGUUUCCAACAGACCUCACAACCUCUGAGGAUGCCUGCCAUAGAUGUGGGUGAAAUGUCAGGAGAGAAUACUUCUGGAACUUGGCCAUACAGCCUGAAAAACUCACAGAAACCCAAAUUAGAUUUAAACAGCAAUUUCUCAGAAAUAUUCUGAUUUUACCCCCUCCUUUCUCCCCUUUACCUGAAUGUCGACUGGUUAGUAUAAUACCUGGCUGCAUUUUUCAAUAUUAGAGAUACAGAAAAACGAAAACACUAAUAUCAAUGAAGAAAGUGGAGUGCAGGAAGUCAUGCGUUUAGAGGGAAGAGGAGAAAGCAGACCUGAGUUUUGGUUUUUUUAAAGGAUUACAAUAAUGAUGGUAAUUAAAAAAUGCAUGAGUUUAAGCGCAAGGAAUGUAUUUCAAGAUUUGCCUUCCAAAUUUCAAAGCUUUGCUAUUCAAUGAAAUGUGGCCUGAUUUUGCUCUGAAAUCAGCCCUUUGGGCAUCUUUUGCAAACAAUGCACUUUACUUGCAGCACUGCGAUUUCCAGAGCAAUGGCCAAAGACAAUCAGUUCUGGCAUUUCUUGAUUUUUCUCCACUCUAUUGGACUAUUUU